AUGCCUGGUAACUCAGAAACCCGAUAUAUUAGAUUUGAAAUCAUCAACGGAAAUGAUCUUCGAGUCCCUUCUGAGCGCAUUUCCUCUGGCAUUUAUGUGUCUAUCAACGUCGACUCGAGAAGAUGCUGGAAAUCGGCCAUCAAAGUUCUAUCAUCCGACAGAUCUGUAGUGUGGGGGGAUAUUGUGACUCUGUCAUCCCAUGUAUCACCUGCGUUAUCAAUAGAAAUUAGGGCGUCUUAUGAGGCCGAUCGAAUGCUAGGCAGUGGAGAGGUCAUCGGGAACUUCAAACAUCGUGGGAUGAGCUACUCGAUCAUGGAGAUGAGCCAUUCGGUGAAUAUAUCCUUCCCAUCCGUGCACGGCAUCCACCCUUCCCUUACGCUAAAGGCCACCGUUGUACAUGCUUACGACAAUCAAAACGGCGCACUGUCCGAUAUGAGUAAUGCUGGACUCUGUCCCCCCGUUGUAAACUGCGAAGUUACUCGAGACACAGAUGCGGGCCACGCGCAAUUUGCCAAAUAUGUGACGGGAAAGGCGGUCUCUCACCUGAACGAUGCUGUAGAGCAUUUUCAGUUAGUUCUGGACCAGUGUCCUGUUAGCCAUCCGGAUCGCGCAGCAGCUCUCACCAACCUCGCGUGGGCCCGCCUUGUAGGCUAUAUUCAAAAUGAUCUUGAAGACAUUGAUACCACCACCUCCCUCUUCCGCGAUGCCCUUGCAUUGCGUCCGCAGUGCCAUCUUGAUCAUCCCAUAUCUCUAUAUAAUCUCACCAAAGCUCUGACUUGGCGCCGCAAGAAGAAACGUACUGCUGCCGACAUCCGCGAAUCCGCCCAACUGUAUCAUGAGCUACUACCUCUCUGUCCAGAGGGGACCUAUCUUCGUAGCAUCGUGGCAGGGCAAAAUGGUGUCGAUUAUGUGAUCAACAGAUGUGACCAACUUCCAAAAGAUGCAUCUGAUGAAGGCAUCCACCUUCGAAGAGUUAUCCUCGAGCUGUGUCCUCCAGGUCAUCAACUCCGCCCCAGAGUCUUCGAUGAGCUUGCACAAGCAGUUGAAGCACGCUUUGACCAGUACGGCAACAUCGAUGAUCUUGACAUGAGCAUACAAUUCGGUCGUGAAGCCUUGUCUCUGUGCCCCGAGGGGCAUUCUGACCGUGAUUACUACCUGAACAACUUGGCCUUCUCACUCGAUUCUCGCUUUGAUCACCAAGGCAAACCUAAUGACCUCGAUGAGGCCAUCUUUUUCAUUGAUGACAUCACUCGAGCUGUCAGCCUCUAUCACGAGGCACUGACGUUGCGCCCACCUGGGCAUCCAACUCAUAACACCACGCUUAACAACCUUGCCCUCGCGCUCAGCACCAGAUAUAACAAAUUGCAUGUCAGCAAGGAUCUCGACGAGGCUAUUGAUCGGUAUCGCGAAUGCCUUCGGUUAAGGCGGCUUGGCAAUCCAGGGAGCAUGGCGAUUCUUCUCAAUUUGAGCUCGGCGCUCUGCUCUUGUUUCAUGCACACUCAGGAGAAUGAAGAUGUUGAAGAGGCCAUUACUCUUUGCUAA